AUGGCAACGCCCCUGGAGCAGUCGCUGGCUGUGAUGGUCUCCACCUUCCACAAGUACUCGGGGAAGGAAGGGGACAAGUACAAGCUCAGCAAGCAGGAGCUCAAGGAGAUGCUCCUGAAGGAGCUGCCCAGCUUCAGCGUAAGUAAACAAACCAGCGACGCCAGUUUACAGCAGCUCAUGAGCAACCUGGACUGCAACAGCGACAGCGAGGUGGAUUUCCAGGAGUACGUCACCUUCCUGGCCUGCAUGGCCAUGAUGUGCAACGAGUUCUUCCAGGACUACCCCAACAAGAUGCCACGCAGGAAUUGA